AUGACAUUCACAUACGUGAUCGAACACAUGGAGGAGGAUGAAACUACGCCAAAAUCUCUCCCACCCUGGGUUGAGCUGGAAUAUGCGCAUAUGAUCAUGUUGGCUGGCAUUAACGGUCGAGUUGAGUUCACACAUCUAUCACACAACUCCAGUUCGUCGCUCGAUGCCCGGCUUGCCUCCAUAAAUCAACCAUCUGCAUCACACCACGUCCAUACUCAAUCAGUAAUGGAGCUGCUGGAGCAGAAUAACAUUCCAAUCACAAGGGUAUGUCUCCUUGACCCGAAAGCUCAAACAGUGCUCGCUCCGGAAGACGGCAAGAUUUUUGAUCAUUUCUUGUUUGGGGUGAGAUCUCUCCGCCAACUUGGUUUUCCUUCGCGUCAGCUGGGUUCAAUGCAGAUGACAACAGAUACCGCGCUCGCUGUAACGAAGCGGGUUAUCGAUGACAAAGUGCAACUGAAUGCUAUACCUUACGUGGACUUUCCGACCAUCACAUUCAAUGCUAAAGAAAGUGUUGAAAUGCCUUUCCGGUAUAUUGUCAACGGCAAAGAACCCGUUUUACCCCCCGGAAUGCGGGAACUUCUGCACGAGGAUCUUAACAAAAGUGUCAUCUUCUAA